UUGAGUAGAUCUGAACGAGCGUGUUUGUAAACAGCUCAGCUGUCAAGCCUUGUUUUUUGUCGCGCGCAGAAUAUUCUCAUAUUUGGAGCUACGAAAUUAAUAAAACACGAAUAAUUUAUUAAUCAAUAAAUUAAUAACGUGCAGUGCUUGUGAAUCGGCAGAAACAAUGUCGGAUGGCGACGUGUUUAUUUUGGACAAUGGAGCAUUCUACGCCAAGUUGGGAAUGUCGGACUGGGACGCCCCGAAGACCGUCUUGAACUGCAUCACCAAAGCCAAAUCCGAACGGCGCCGUCCAUUCAUCGGGAACCAGAUUGAGGAGUGCCGGGAUGUCUCCGGGCUGUUCUAUAUUCUGUGCUUUCAGCGAGGCUACCUGGUCAAUUGGGACAUUCAGAAAACGGUGUGGGAUUACAUGUUUAGCUCGGAUUGUUGCCCGGUGAACUUUUCGGAAACGCCCUUGCUGAUAACGGAACCGCUGUUCAACUUUCAAUCGAUUCAGGAAGCGAUGCUGGAGAUUCUGUACGAGGAGUACGAUUGUGAUGCGGUAUGCAAGACGAAUUCGGUCGAUUUGGUGGCUUUCAAUUAUGUUCACGAGGAGAACCACAAAACGAGGCCUUUGUGCUGCCUGGUGGUGGACAUGGGAUACAGCUUCACACAUGUCGUUCCUUUCGUGAAGGGAGUUAAGCAGAAGGAAGCGAUCCGGCGGAUUGACGUUGGUGGAAAGUUGCUUACCAAUCAUCUCAAAGAGAUCAUCUCCUACCGGCAGUUGAAUGUUAUGGAUGAAUCCUAUGUGAUAAAUCAAGUCAAGGAAGACAGUUGCUUCGUAUCGCAAGAUUUCAACGAAGACAUGCGAAUCGCUCGCAAGAAACCGCAGGAUAAUUCCAUUAUUCGAGAGUACGUCCUGCCGGAUUACACACAAAUACGGCGGGGCUAUUUGAGACCGUACGAUCCAAAGAACAGCGCCAAUGACGAACUGCAAACCCUAAGACUAAACAACGAGCGAUUUGUGAUACCGGAAGUGCUCUUCCACCCAUCGGACAUCGGAAUACAGCAGAUGGGAGUGGCGGAAGCGAUCGUCGAAGCCAUCAACACCUGUCCGGACGAAACGCGGCCGCAUCUGUUAAGCAACAUUGUUGUGUGCGGUGGAAGCGCCCUGUUCAGCGGGAUGCAGUCCAGGCUGCUCAAGGAAGUGCGUGCCCUCGCGCCGGACGAGUUCGAGGUGAACGUUACCGUGCCCAAAGAUCCCAUCACCUACGCAUGGCAUGGAGGAAAGGAGUACUCGCAGUCGCUAAGCUUUUUGAAGUCCUGUAUGAGCCGGAGUCAGUACGAUGAACAUGGGAUCAAGCAUUUGAUCGAAAAGUACGAUCACUAACGCCUCGAAACGGUAAGUAUUUUUCUUUCGAUUAUUUAGAAAGCGCUUCGCUACCCAUCAAUGCGACAUAUACUUUUUAUUUUAUGGAUAAUCAUUAGUGGGAACCGACAGUUUAACACGAUUAAAGUAAACGUAAAAUGUAAAUAAUGCAUCAUUUCUACAUGAAUGGAAAAAAACAAAAACGAGCGUCAGAUUAAAU